GCGGCGGCGGCGGCGGCGGCGGCGGCCAGGCGGGGCUGGGGAGCUGCGGCUGCUGCCGCGGGGCUGCGCAGUCGAUUCUGUCAUGUGAUGAUGAAUCCAUACAUCAUUAAGAAAAAGCCUCUGCAUCAAUUUGUCCGAAAACCUAUUUUCCCAUUGCCUGCAGCCUUAUGUAAUAAUUCAGUGAGACACAUGUUUAUUCAAACACAAGAUACCCCAAAUCCCAACAGUUUGAAGUUUAUACCAGGAAAACCAGUUCUUGAGACAAGGACCAUGGAUUUUCCCACUCCAGCUUCAGCAUUUCGCUCCCCUCUGGCUAGGCAGCUAUUUCGGAUUGAAGGAGUAAAAAGCGUCUUCUUUGGACCAGAUUUCAUCACUGUCACGAAGGAUAAUGAAGAAUUAGACUGGAAUUUACUGAAACCAGAUAUCUAUGCAACUAUCAUGGACUUCUUUGCAUCUGGCUUGCCCCUAGUAACUGAGGAAACAUCUUCAGGAGAAGCAGGAUCUGAAGAAGAUGAUGAAGUUGUGGCAAUGAUUAAGGAAUUGUUAGAUACUAGAAUACGGCCGACUGUGCAGGAAGAUGGAGGAGAUGUAAUCUAUAAAGGCUUUGAAGAUGGCAUUGUACAGCUCAAACUCCAGGGUUCUUGUACCAGCUGCCCCAGCUCUAUCAUUACUCUGAAAAAUGGAAUUCAGAACAUGCUGCAGUUUUAUAUUCCAGAAGUAGAAGGUGUAGAACAGGUUAUGGAAGAUGAAUCAGAUGAAAAAGAAGCAAACUCACCUUAAAUACCCUGGAUUUUUUUUGGGUACAGAAGUUGGACUUGCUAAUAAUAUAUAAUAAGCCUUUAUUAUUAAUAUGUUCAGGAACUUAAGGAUUAAUAAAGCGUCCUUUCUUCAGAGAA